AUGAGACAGGUCUCGACAGGUCUCCUGUUCCUCGUCUUCUCCCUCCUCAACCGCCCCCCGCCCACCACCACCACCACCACCACCACCACCACCACCACCACCACCACCACCCUUACAACCGCCUUCUUGCUUCAACCACGGCAGCCACACAGGCAGACAGCGCAGAACGUAGGUGCGAUUGACAGUCACUCGUCAUGAUCCAUAAAAACAGAUUUUCACACAAUUAUGUCUGGGGGAAAUCUUGCAUAUUCGACCAGCACCACUGACCAGUACAAUUAUGGGAAUGUUGGGGAGGGGAGGGGAGGCAAGGGCUGUUGUGUGGGGGCGGGGGUUAGUGGCUGCGUCGUACGCUACUGAGGCGUACCGGCAAUUGCGCAAACAAGUUUCCCAUCAGUCAGGCGUAAUUGAUGAAGUGACAAAAAGACCCAAAUAUUUCCUUCUCUUACAGUGCAUAUGCACAUAUACUGUGUGCUCCGAAAGUUAUAAAAACUUGGCUAGAAUUUGUCGAUACGCUCUCAAAUGAGGAUAUUGUAUGGGUGGGGUUACAACAUUGAUAUUCAGAGAAGAAAGUCCCAAAUAAAUUCCUACGCGGUAACGUGCUGGCCUUUGUCUGGGUACCCUUCCAGACAUCUGUAUAAGUUGCCCUUGAAGAGCGAAACCAGCAUCUAAGCAAUGAAAGCAUUUGCCAGUGGUGUUUGAGGUCCGUACGACUAAUUAUGCUGUUACAACUCUGUUAUACAACUUUUGUCUUCUUUGAGACUGGUCCUUGAGAAAAUGGUUUGUAAAAGUCAUAAGAAUUUUCGAGCCGCUGGCGUGAUUAGAGAGGCAGCCUUCAGUAGAACACCGAAAUUGGUACGUCCCGUAUUACAGGCAACCGUGCGUUACAUUCCAGAAGGAGUUAGGGAUAAUGUAAGGGUUUGCAUUGUGUGGGAUGGGGUUGUAGUGAGAGGAAGGUGUAGAGUAAGGACAAGGAAAUAGGUGUUGCCCCCUGGAAUUUAGCGCAAGGCCAACUGUACUACGGAGGAUACUUGUUCUCCCGUCCAACCUCGUCUUAUAUCCUCUAGGGUUAUCGGUAUCGCUUAAAAAUUCAUAACAUAAUCCAUACACGCAUUAUAAUAUCCCAUGAACACGUAGAAGCCACGUUUUUGGGACAUAAACGACUCUGGUAGUCUGUAUUUUGGAAACAUUAGCAACAAAUAAACACCUCGGUUGUUUUAAAAUAUACAGGUAUUAUUGUGUAUACGUUCCUAUUUUAAGUAACAUAUUUUGAUAUGUGUUUGAUGAGCAUAAGUUGUCAACAUUGUGCAUUAGGGGCAUCGAAACUCAAUCGAAAUAAACUACUUAAGCAGUGGCAUUUUCAAUUGUUAUUGCCCCAGUUGGCUGAAAAAAUGCAGUUACAAGUUGCUGCUGGUGUUUUGUGGGAAUUAACCUGGCCAUAUCUCCCAUGCUAACCAGUUUAGGAGCCCCAUCAAAGUAGGCCUUUUUGUUUGGUGUCUACAAAAAUUUAAUCAGUUUUUCGCACGCUUUGCCCGUUAACAGGGUAGAGUUCCCUUCAAAAUGGGCCCACUGACCUUUUUGAGUUCAGGCCCACAUCUGACAUGAUAAUAAUAUAAAGAAUUAGACAAAACACCUGUCUUCACCAUUUUUUUAUGGGGAGGGACGGGUGGGUUAGCGAUGCCGAAAGUUCAAACGUCCUGAAGUGAAAGGCCUCCCAGAAAGUGAAGAGGAACUGACGUUUUGUGGAAACGGGAGACUGGGGCCUUUGCUGAAACAUCCGCUGUUUUCCCGAUAAAACGUGAUACCUUCCUGGGCAAGCCACAUCGAAUCUGUAUUUUGAAGCAGCCAGUGUUACUUUGCCUUAACCACGUCAUGCUAUACUCCACAGACGCUAAAUGAAAUAUCCAAAAUGUAUAUCAAGAAUAAAGUGAAUGCUUAAUGACGUUUUCUCUGCGCUUAAAGUUUUGUCGAACCAAAUCGAUUCGUCAAAUAUUUCGAGCUUUCAUGUGAUUCGCCCUUACGCCUCGCGCGGUCACUCUUAACUAAAUUGAAUUAUGCGGAGGGCCAAAUGACCUAUUUUUAAGUAUCCCGCUCGUGACAGAAAGCUCAGCAGCUGUCCAAACGGCAGUCACACGGUUUUGAAAAGUUUCUUCCAUAACUCGCUGGCGAAUUCGGCGAGAAGGAGAGACACUGCUGCUGCUCUCAGCUUUCUCGACAGACAUACAGCACUAUGUAAUCAUGCAUCCUUGCUCCAUUUCAGGAGAGAAGCCUUUUACUUGCGAGUUCGACGGCUGCGACCGGCGUUUUGCCAAUAGCUCGGAUCGCAAGAAACACAUGCAUGUGCAUAUGAAUGACAAGCCCUACUUCUGCAAGUUCAAGGGUUGCGACAAGAGCUACACUCAUCCCAGCUCCCUCCGCAAGCAUAUGCGAGCACACUAUGCCUCGCCACUGCUCCUCCUUCGAGACGAUCUUCCAGAUCUUUGUGCUGCGGUGUCGUCUGUAGAUGACGACUUAUACAGCCCCUGUAAGCCCGACCUGCGGAGAGAAAAGGGUACAAACCGGACGGAGAGAGUGGAGGAGAGUGACGAUGACGAGGAGGAGGGCGGCGGCUACGGCAAAAUCGCUAAAUAUUCCAAAUGCACGGAGGAUCAUAAUCCAUCGCUGCCGCGCGCAACCCAACAGCAGCCGAGAUUCCUCCAGACGGCAGAGGCCCUCUUCCUCCGGCGGAACCGAAGACGGCGUCCCCCUCCCGACGGUCCUCCCACCGCCAGAAGCCUCGAGGACUGGCGUAACACAAACGGCCUCCCCUACGAGGGCUCACCGGACCUUCAGAUCUUGGCUCCGCGUGGGUACGGUCGUUCGACCCCUCUUGCCACGGCUCCGCCCUACAGAACAAAUCCCUAUCCCUCUGAGGCAGAGAAUGUGAUCACGUCAAGGCGUCUCAGCCGAUCACAGAUGGAGGCAGAAGGGGAACAGGGAUUUGUUCAGACUAUUGCACAAGUAUCAACAGCGGCUGCAGCCUCAGUGGCUGUGCCCGAUUUCUAUGAGAAUAACAUAUUCCCCACCGCCUACGCAAACCUGAUCUCACCUCAGCAGAAGUUCUUGCCUGCUCAGUCAUCCCAAACGUUCUACCCAGAAGAAGAUGCAAAUUUAAAACAGCCGCGGCAUUAUUCUCUUGCAGCGAUUGUCGACCCUACCACUGCUGACCUGUUUGCUCCGCCAAAGCGCAGCACAAGCCCGUCAUCCGGUGAGUUCUACUCAGUCUACACAGGGAGUAGGCGUCAUCAACCUACAUCAGCCGAUGGCCUUUCAACCAAUUCCAGCAGCUCUCCGCCGACGGCCAUUCUGUCUUCCAGCAGUUCCGACCCGCUGGCCAGGGAAGUGGGUGGCAGUUUUAACUCCAGCCUUCUCAUCGGGGUUCCGACCAGUAAGGCUACCGAAGGCAAGUCCAGUCAGGGUAUUUUCAGCGAGGCUGAUGAAGCUCACGACUCGGCCAAGGAGGUCGAACGGUGCCCACAGCAUCAAAGAUUCAGUGUUUCAGAUGAGGGAAGUUACAAACCGGAGGAGGCGGCUACUGUCAUUUGCAGAGAUCGGAUGAGCUGGACAGGACCACCUCACCAGACACACCAAGCUCCAACAACUCGCCCCCCUAUGCGAUCCUUCCUCGCCAACGGAGACCCCACUACGUUGCUGGGGCGUAUCGUGACCGCAGAUAAUGAGCCGCAGAUUGGCUGUGCGCUAAAACGUGAACGGACACCGGAAAACGCCUCUUCAAUUUCCCUAGUUCAUCCAUCCGCGUGGGAAAUAUUUGCUGAAAGGGAAAAUUAG